GCGUUUUGCUCAUCACAUGCUCUCCAUUGCAACCUCUACCGACCAACCAGAAAUCCCCCCACACUCCCCCAAUCCUCAUCUCAAUUCUCAAGUACUUCAACCCAGUCAUUCCAUCCUGUGAUCUCCCAUGGAAAGAAACAAACCAAAAAUCUGAAGAAAAAAAAUCAAGAGAGACAAAAGGCAUAUGCAGAGGUUAAUAUACACAGAGUGAUCUAUCUGUCCGUACACUGUAGCUUAUCAAUCUGGGAAAACAGAGGGCGAAAUGAUGUGCUGCUACAUAGGGAAAGCGACGAAGAUCUUCAUCUUCAUUGUCACUCUUCUGGUAGUGACUGGCCUUGUCUUGGGGCUCCACGGAUUUAUCAGGAAACAUCUCAAUCACAAGGAUGCCGACAAUACAUCUUGCUCCGCCGAUUCUUGCGACCUCACUGCAAACCCUAAUUCCCAAAUCAAUCCCAUUUCUGCUUUCCCCAACCCAAAUUCUGGUAGUGUCCCGCCAAACAACGGCCCGUCGUCCGCUGCACAGCCGCCGCCUCCGCCGGGGAGUUUAAAUCCUAGCCUGAACAAUCCCAAUUUGACUCCUCCUUCCCCUCAAUUACAGGCCUCCACACCUCCACCACCCCAAUCGCAGUCCGUCUCCGCUCGGCCGCCAUCAUUGAGCCCUCCCGGCGCAGCUUUGGUAGCCUCAGGUCCUGUCCAUUCUUAGCUAGAAUAGGAAGGAGUUUUUUUUAUUCAUUUUAUAUUACAUUUGGCCCAUAGCAUUAGCCUAUUUUCGGUCGAUUCACUUUCUUGUUAUUCCUUGUAAUGGUGAUGAUGAUUGGCAUGAGCCUCUCUACAGGGGUUCUGUAUGUGUGGAGAUUUUUUUUUUGGGAAAUUUUACUUUGCACCCAUAGUUUGGGUUAUAUUUGACUUACC